UGUUGUAAGCGGUUUUAAGCUGAGUUUUUCACUUUUUUUUUGUUGUUAUUGUGAUUGUGAUUGUUGUGUUUAUGGCAUCCCCAUGCAGACAGCUGCGCCCGCAGCUCCCAAAGUGCCUCUUACCCCUACUAAUCCCACUCCUAUGGCUACUGUUAGCCAGCCAUCAGUCACAUGCUCUGGAAUUCAUGGAUGCGGAUGAGUCAGCGACGGAUCAUGAUAAUGUGGGAGAUUCCGCCGAAUUGCCCCCGUCCUUUCACAGCUAUUCGAGAGAUACCAUCGCCAAUUUCAAUCCACACAAACAAGAUGCACAUUUCCGUACGCUCUGGGAGCGAGUUCCACUGCAAAAACAGGAGGUUAUCAAACGUAGAUAAUUCAUCUUUGUAUAAUCAUAGCUUUAACUAUGUCAUAUGAAAAUGGAGUUCUAUGUGGAACAAAUCUGUCUCAAGAUUGUUGACGACCAAUUAACAAUUAAAAUUGUAUGUUUAAAUUACCCUAUGAUAUUAUUCGAUAAUAUAUCUUAACCUCGUUAUGUCUAUAUAACAUUAAUUGGUAUUUAAAUGAUCUGACGAGUUAAGCUGUGGAUAAUGGUAGAAAGAAACACAAUAAAUAUACAUUUCACUUA